CUCCCUUCCUUCUAUCCUAGGUGCUCCUGUGACCCCGAGCCAUGUCCUGCAACCCUUGCUGCCAGCCCUGUGGCCCCUGCCCGCUGGCCAACAGCUGCAAUGAGUGCUGUGUCAGGCAGUGCCAGAGCUCCCACGUGGCCAUUGAGCCGCCUGUUGUGCUGGUGACCCUGCCCGGCCCCAUCCUCAGCUCCUUCCCACAGAACACUGCCGUGGGAUCCUCCACCUCUGCUGCCAUUGGCAACAUCCUCAGCUGUGGUGGAGUGCCCAUCAGCUCCGGGGGCUUUGACCUCUCCUGCAUCACCAGCUGCUAUGGUGGCAGCAGAUGCCGUCCCUGCUAAAUCUGCUGGCAGUGCCCUUGGGAACAUUGGGGUCUGGAGUCAAAGACCUCAGAACAUGGUACUGAAUUGAAGACGGAUCUUUGGAACGU